AUGUGUAGAUUCAUUCAUUAUUUAGGACCACCCAUCAAGAUUUCAUCGAUUGUAACAGAACCAUCGCAUGGAUUGGUUCAACAAUCACUUCACUCAACAUGUCCAGGUGUACAUUUGAAUGCCGACGGUUUCGGUAUUGCCUGGUUCGUACCAGAGAUCUCACCGAAUCCAGCGGUCUUUAAGGAUAUCACACCAGCCUGGUCCAAUAUCAACUUGCGUCAGUUGGCAAGAGUCACCAAGUCUGGCUGUAUCAUGUCUCAUGUGCGUGCCGCCAGUGCCGGUGCGAUCACCACCAACAACUGCCAUCCCUUCACCUACAAGAAUCUCAGUUGGAUGCAUAACGGUACCGUCUCCUACUUCCCCAAGUUGAAGUUGAAGUUCUACAACAUGUUGAGUCAAUCGGCGUUGGAGUCGAUCAAGGGUACCACCGACUCUGAGUGUAUCUUUGCUCUGUUCAUCACCAACUAUGAGAAGGAAAUCGGUUUCUGUGCCAAGCCAAAACCACAUUUGUCGCGUCCAGUCUACUCGACCCACUGUUUGCUCGAGCCUGAAGACGAGCCAUUCCCCUACACCGACAAUGCCGUCGUCUUCCCAAAGGUCAUGCAAAAGACGAUCUCACAGAUCCACCAACUGAUAUUGGACUACGAGGUUGAGAAUGGAAUCAUCUCGGCCAACGACGAAGGUGCUUCACUCCAAACCACAUCGACACACUCCAAGCUCAACUUGGUCGUUUCCGACGGUUACGCAGUGGUCGCCACCCGUUAUGUCACUGGAACUGCCGACGGUGCACACACACUCUAUUGGUCACGUGCCAAAUCGAUCGUUUGCGACAAAGGAGCAUGCACUCUCGGAUCGUCGAAAGGUGGUUGCGAUUUAUAUAGUUUGAUUAUCAGCUCAGAGCCAUUGGCCAGUGAUUUCACCUGCGAAGAGGUUCCAAUCAACAACAUGACGCCCCAAAAAGUGUUUAUAAGAUGUAAUAAUAAUAAUAAUAAUAAUAAAAUAUUGAAUGGUGAUAUAAAGAGUUCCACCUGA